CAAAAACAGCGCGCGGCUCAUCGAGCUUGCGCUGAAAGAAAAGAGGAGGGUCUACUUGGAAGUCUUUAUUUAUUUCUUUGUUUCCAGUGGGAAAAAAUUAUAACGGCGAUAAAUAUCUGUCGUGUUUUUUUACGUAAUUAUUUUUGUCCGAUAAAGAAAAAAGCUGGAAAUUAUUACCAGAGGAAAUAGAAAGCCUAAGCGAACGGGAGGAGGAUGAAGCGGCGCAAUGCGGACUGCAGCAAACUCCGGCGGCCGUUAAAACGGAACCGAAUCACCGAGGGUAUAUACGGCAGUACGUUCCUGUAUCUGAAGUUCCUGGUGGUGUGGGCGCUGGUGCUGCUGGCGGACUUUGUGCUGGAGUUCAGGUUCGAGUACCUCUGGCCCCUCUGGCUCUUCAUCCGGAGCGUGUACGACUCCUUCAGGUACCAGGGCCUGGCCUUUUCAGUAUUUUUUGUUUGUGUAGCGUUUACGUCAGACAUCAUAUGCCUUCUCUUCAUCCCCGUCCAAUGGCUGUUCUUCGCCGCCAGCACCUACGUUUGGGUCCAGUACGUGUGGCACACAGAAAGAGGUGUAUGCCUGCCCACGGUGUCGCUAUGGAUACUCUUUGUUUAUAUAGAAGCAGCCAUCAGAUUCAAAGAUCUGAAGCACUUCCACGUGGACCUGUGUCGUCCGUUCGCUGCACACUGUAUCGGGUACCCGGUGGUCACUCUGGGCUUUGGCUUUAAGAGCUACGUCAGCUAUAAGAUGCGUUUGAGGAGGCAGAAGGAGGUGCAGAAGGAGAACGAGUUCUACAUGCAGCUCCUCCAGCAGGCCCUCCCCCCGGAGCAGCAGAUGCUGCAGAGACAGGAGCGGGAGGCCGAGGAAGUAGCCUCUAAAGGCCUGUUGGAGGCGGAGCCAGCGCUGGCGUCGCAGAACGGCGCCCCCGGUGGUAAGAAGCUGUCGCUGCCGGAGCUGGAGUACCGCGAGAGGGGGAGGGACGCGCGGAAGCAGCAGGGCCCGGCGGGGGGGGGCGCCCUGGAGCUGGAGUACAUGGAGAACCACAUCAACCACAGCAAGAGGCUCAGCAGCGAGCUGACGGGCAGCGCCGAGAACCUGCUCCUCAAAGAGGAGGCGGCGGCGGCGGCCACCUCCCCGUCCUCCGCUUUCUGCGCCUCCUCCUCAAACGCCUCCUCCGCCUCCUACUCUUCCGCCUCCUCGUCCGCCGCCUCCUCCAAAAAUUACAAGAACUCCAGCGGAGGGGGCGGGGCCGGGGGCGUGGGCGUGGUCAACUCCUCGCCCCGCAGCCACAGCGCGACCAAUGGCAGCGUGCCCUCCUCCGGCACCUCCCUCUCCUCCUCCUCCAGUAAGAGUGAGAAGAAGCAGAAGUGUCCGUCCGGCCGGAGCGUCACUGCCGUCCCUCACAGAGACCCCACAGACAACUGCAUCCCCAACAACCAGCUCAGCAAGCCUGACGCGCUCGUACGGCUGGAGCAGGAUGUGAAGCGUCUGAAGGCGGACCUGCAGGCCAGCAGGCAGGUGGAGCAGGACCUGCGGGGGCAGAUCGGCUCGCUCAGCGGGGCGGAGAGGAGCAUGCGCUCCGAGCUGGGGCACCUGCGCCAGGAGAACGAGCUCCUGCAGAACAAGCUCCACAGUGCGGUCCAGGCCAAGCAGAAGGACAAGCAGGCGGUGGGGCAGCUGGAGAAGCGGCUGAAGCAGGAGCAGGAGGCGCGGGCGGCGGCGGAGAAGCAGCUCGCCGAGGAGAAGAAGCGCAAGAAGGCCGAGGAGGCCACGGCGGCCAGGGCUGUAGCGCUCGCGGCGGCGUCCAGGUACACCUGCACCUGCGCUACUCACGCCCUACACCUGCGUUACACACGCCCUGCACCUGCUCCUAAAAGCUCAACUAUGGACAUCAAGUCUGAAAGAAGGACUACACGUCAGCCCACAGGGGAUAUGAAGGUCCAGGAGCUGUGUAAAUAUAAGGAGAAUGAGAAGGACACAGAGGUGCUGAUGGCGGCCCUGUCGGCCAUGCAGGAUAAGACCCAGCACCUGGAGAACAGCCUCAGCGCCGAGACCCGCAUCAAACUGGACCUGUUCUCCGCGCUGGGGGACGCCAAGAGGCAGCUGGAGAUCGCGCAAGGUCAGAUCCUGCAGAAGGAGCAGGAGAUUAAGGAGCUGAAGCAGAAGAUGGCGGAGGUGAUGGCGGUGAUGCCCAGCAUCGCGUACGCGGCGGACGGCAGCGCCAUGGGCACCGUGGUGCCCCACUACUCCUCCACCUUCAUGGACAGCAGCCCGUCCGGCCUGGACCCCAACGCCUCCGUCUACCAGCCGCUCAAGAAGUGAGGGUCGGGGAGGGGGGCGGAGCGGCUGUCCGUCCGUCCGUCCGUCCGCCCGCCGUCGUCACGGCAACGCCACGUCCAGCACCGAGCGGGUUUUUAUUUAUUUAAUUUUUUUGUUUAAAGAAUUUUUUUAAAUUUUUUAUUUUCUCUCUGCUGCUGGUCCAGAAGACGUCGUAUCGUGUGACUGUGUUUGUUGUAGUUAAAGCAAAAGACAAAAAAAAACGAAAAA